AUGGCAGCAUUUGCAUUCGCACGCACACUGGAUUUGCUUACUCACGAUAUCAUUCAGAAGUGCGAAUCUGUCAAGGAAAGUAACGCAACCACAAGAAAGAAGAAAAGAUGGUGCGAGGUUCUAGAACAAAACAUAGAACGGAUCUAUCCAAAUCGAAAACUUAUUUUGGUUGGGUCUUCAACAACUAGCUUUGCAAUCGAGGGUUGCGAUGUCGACUUGACCAUCAUUCGGACGGAUAGCCCACCGUUCUACGGAUUUGAGUCGGGACUGCAGAUUCUGAGUCGAAUACGAGAUGCUUUGAUCGCAAGAACGUCAAUAAAUACUGAGGUAAAAUUUCCAGUCGAUCAGAUUUGUAUUUUUUGGGGUACUUGUAUGUAUAUACAGUCAUUAAUCAUCAUUUUUUAGCUAUCAGCAAUGUCUUGCACAAUUCUAUCCUGCUUGAAAGCAUUUAUACAUGUUAAUAUUGUCGUUUUAUAUGCGAUGUACCAGUUGGAGGUAAAUUGGAGUCUUCUUUCAGGGUUAAGAUUAUCACGCCGUGACUUUCGAUACUUCAUGUUUGGACUUGCUUUUGACCAAGGCUGACAAUAUUUAACUCGUGAACUUACGUACUUCGUCUCAACAAAAUCCUUUCCAAAUCAUGCAAGGGAGAUCUUUAGGAAACUUAACCAGUUUAUAAACUCGCGAGCUAAUUUCAGUGAAAGAAAUCCUAUUAGUUUUAACUACUGAAAUAUUACGAUUUAUGACAACGACAACAUGCUGAUUCUCUCACAAUUCCAUCACUUGCAACAAUGAUGUGCAAUCAUUUCAAGUCAGGUUUUUGCAAUUAAUUGAACAAAGUGCUAUUUCAUUGUAGGCUCAAUAGACACUAACUCUCAUUUCAAAGCGAUUGAUUCAAUGUACUUCACACCAAGUCAACUUUUAAGUUUUUGUUAGUUUCCGGGUAUCGUUUCUCGCGUGAUGUGACUUUCACUGAUUUCCUAGUUAUUUGCAUUAAAUUUCCCUCUUGGGAACUACAAUUAUUUCUCUCUGUUUUUUAUUUGAAUCUCGAGGUAUCUAAAGCUUUUCUAUCGUUUAAGCUGCCAUAGCACAUCGAAGUAUUCACAUAGAACGAGGGCAAGAAGGCAAAAUAUACAUAAUAGAAAGUUCGAGUGAAAUUACAAACCCGCGAGUAUUCGACGCGCGCCUUUUUCUUGGAUCUUGCUCUCACGUUGGAAGCCACACCUCGGUGGUCUAGCGCCAGUAUGUACUCAUUUUAGUAUACGAUACAUUUCACGAUAUAUUUUCACCAAGAGAACGUAAAAAUUGCGGUAUAAGUCAUGAAGUGCGUCAUAGUUGUCUUCGACAAAGCGGUCUUAUUAUGUGUCAAGUGAAAAUGGCAGAAUAGUAAUUUAAUGAGAAAGCUAGCAGACCUCACUUAGACCUCUUUGCUUUUCUUGGCAAGUCUUCUUAUAAUCCUGAAACUAAAUUAAAAGCGAUUUGUUCGAGGACACGUCGUAGAGGUAUACAGCCUGGUUAAGGAAAACAUAUCUCUUUGAAUUCGGUCUUGCUGAGGAUUCUUUGAUCUUGAAAAUGCGAUGAUUGCUACCUUUUCUUUCUUUAUGAUCAUUGAACCGUUAUGGUGCAAGUUUGGUGUGCAUUGUAUAGUGCCAUUGCGAAUGCGUGUAAUGCACAAGGUAAGAGCAGAUGCUUAUCAAUCGGGGCUAUGGAAAUGAAACACUUUUACCAGCUCGAUUUACGUCAAUGUCAUAUUGAGUAAAACUGUUAACAUUCAGUUUAAACUUUUCAAUGCAUUUUAGUCCAUUUUUGAUGCGGUUAGAAAGUUUAUCUUCUUCCUCUUUGAACGACCUAGAAAUUUAACGCAUCGUUUGAUACAAUUUCAGCUAAUCAGCUCUGCAGUUGUUCCCAUAUUAAAACUCAAAGACCGCCACGAAGGACUUGAAGGAGAUAUCAGUGUUGAUAUCCAGAAUUCCAUAUUUAACACAUAUUUGCAAAAGUGUUAUGGUAGAAUGGAUCCCAGAGUCACUCCGUUAGUGGUGACCGUCAAGCACUGGGCGCAAGAAUCAGGAAUCACUGGAGCGCAUUACCACAAGCUUUCUGGUUAGUAACGUCACUGCUCACCAGGAGAAUUAUUUUGGGAUAAUUGUGGAUGUUGUUGUUAAUCACCGCUCUGAUUCACCAUCUUGAGGCCUGCGUUAUUAUUAAAAUUAUUAUUAAUUUCAUUAUCAUCACUAUUAUACAAUACUAAGAGAAUUCCCAUAGUUUUCUCUUGACAAUAUCUAAAGAUGGCUCAAACUACUAAUAGCACGUUUUGAUUUCUAAUGACGGUGCUAAAAAAACGAAAGCUCAAAAGCAUUCACAUCUCUCGCAAUACAUUUAUUCUAUUAGUUCUUCGUUCAAUACAAUACGCAAUUACUCAACAGUAGAAUUUACCACUUACAAUUUCACUACCAUAUUUCUCCUUUCCCACUAACGGCGGUCUUAUCACGUUGGUCCACAAGCUUAGGAAGUCUUAUUUUACCGCGACUACAGUAAGAUUAAGAUACUUUGGAAGAUCACAUAGCUUUAAGAAAGCCAGGGUUAAUUAAGGCUGGCUUCUUAAAUAUCCUUGUUAAAAAUUGCAUGUCUUAUUUUAUUUUCCUUUUUCUUUCUCUCAAAAAGGUUUUGCCGUAGUGCUGUUGGUCAUUUACUAUUUACAGAGAGGCUGUAGUCCGCCUGUCCUUCCGUCCCUACAGAAUUUGAAUCCAACACACUUUACCACUAAUGCAACUGCCAGCAUUACUGCAGAAAAACUGAUGAGCGACUCUCUCCCAGCGGUUGUUACUUCGUAUAAUUCAGCUAACACAGCAACCCUUGGGGAGCUGCUUGUGGGAUUUUUCAAUUUUUAUUGUAACUUCGACUGGCACCAAGUAUUAUCUGUUCGUCUUGCUGGCCCAAGAAGAGUACCUAUUGAUAAAAAGUGGACUCGUCCUUACAUCCGAAUCGAAGAUCCUUUUGAUCAAAAAAAUGUCACACGCGCUGUGUAUGAGUUCUCAGGAUUCAGUGACAUUAAGCAGGCGUUCAACACAGCCAAAAAAAGGCUUGCAUAUGGUCACUGUCGUUUACAUGAAAUAUUUUAGUUUUAAUAUGCACCCCGGAAGUAAAGAUUCAUUUGGGUCUUGACUCACAUCACACACUCAUAUGAGUAUCUCUUCGAUCAAAAACUGAGACCUUUUUUUUUAAGAAGUAAAUGAGUGUCUGAACUGUUUAGUUAACAAAGAUGCAGCUGGUCAAAUAGUAACCCUGCUUCAUUGGCAAUUUUUGGCAUGAGUUACUAAAAAACUCACCAAGUGCAAGUCAAUGAAUUAUGGUGAGAGUCCUUCAAAGAAGUUUUCUCUCAAUUGAUGCUACUUCCAAUAAGUAAGGGAUAUCGGAUUUGAAGGAACGAGAGUUGAUUCCCAACCGUUCUGAUUUAAAUAGGAACUUCUUACAGAAGUGGUGAUAAUUAAGUCAGUCUUUUCAGAAUUUAACUAAAACCUUGUUGAUAUUUCAUCGAUUUCGUGACUGUUGCAAUCAUACCUUGAAAUUUUCAGAAACAUUUUUCACUCAUAGCAACUGAUGUCAAUAUCAUAACUUCGGCUCCAUCAAGAAACAAUCAUUUGCAUGACUAAGCAAUGGAGGAAGGUCUCAAAUAAGCCCUAUCCUACAUCAACAAAUAAACUAAUAAUGAAUCGUUCAAGGCAUAAGUCGCAACACAAUAUUAAGUUUGGCUUUAGUUCAUGAGAGACCUUACCCUACAUUUGAAUCUGGCCCAAAACUCCACAGGUAAAUCGUUUAUGGCAAUUAUCACAGCAAUUAUAAAUAGCUUUCCUUAAUGAUCUCUUACUCUCGAAGCUUGUUUUCGACGGUGCCCCCCUUCCUGCGUGAUUUACAACAAAAACUUUUAGUCCUACGGUUAGGAUUUAUCUAGUAGUCAUUGUAAUCGCUAAAUUAUUUGAGACUUCAGGAAAGACUCUAGAUACGUUCAUAUCUGGAUACCUUCCAGACCCUUUUGGCAUAUUAUACUAUGAGCAAAAGUCGUUGGAGAUUUAAGCAGAGUACCUCAGCCUGAAAUGAAG